AUGCUUGUUACCAACGCUCUAUUGCGGUUUUUUGUCGGCUUGUUGUUGCCUGGUCGGUUGAUGCUGAUCGACUUCGUUGGUUCAAUGGAUGGAAGCCCCAAAACUAGUUCUUCUUUAGGAUUCGGGGAAAGGGACGACGAGGUCUGUUUGCUGGUUGCUAGUUUGACUCAUCGGAACGGUGAAAGUGCUACUGCAAUUGUUACUGCUGUUAGAGUUUAUUUGUUUAUUCUUGUGGACCAUAUGUAA